UUUGUGGACAUUGACUGUUUAUUUUACUUUCAGCUGAGUAUCAGGGCUGAGUUGGGAGCGAGAGCCUCCAAGUUUCUGAGGAAAGGGAGCAGUGUUCCAGACGAGUUGCUGGUGGAGAUUAUUGUUGAGUGUAUACGCACUCUGCCGGUGGAUUGUGGCUGGAUUCUGGAUGGAUUCCCAGUGACUGUUCACCAAGCCAAACUGCUGGAGAAGUGGCUGACUGGGGUUGACCCUGACAAAGCAGCAAGUAAGACCAAGAAGUCCAAGACCAGCCUGGUCUUUGACCCAAAAGCUCCCAAAGAUCCUCCCCCUCCACGGCCCGCUCUGGACAUCGCCAUCCUGCUGGAUGUUUCCGACAACACUGUCCUGGCUCGACAUUCCGAGAGUACAAUCAGUUCGGUCUCUGGGAGUGAGAGCCUGAGAUCAGGCAGCAUGCAGCAGAGUAGCCAAAGCAAUCUGGCUGUUACAGAAAGCAGCAGCCGUGAACAAGAGCAACUGGUGCCCCGACUCACGGGCUUUCUUGACCAUUGGCCCAAGUUGGAGAAGUGGUUCGAGGUGAAACAGAAGAUUCUGGUGAGGGUGAACGGGGAACUAGAGCACGCUGAGUUGUUGGAAAAACUGGAGCUUGUCUUGGUUGAAGCCUUGUACAAGAAACAAUGUAAAGAUGUGGUGCCAGAGAAACCUGUUGAGGCUGAAAUGCUGCCUUCCCCAACUCAGGCUGAGUCAACCCCUUCCCCUGUGACUCAGGAGAAGAUUCCAAAGGAGGGGAAAUCCAUGAAGAAUGAUUCUGUGAGUGCACUCAGCUCGAUCAAGAUAAAGAGCAAGACGAGUGUGUCUGCCCGUGACAAGAAACAGGAGAAAUCGGGUUCCUUUAUCCACUCAG